GAGACAGAUCCUCGGCCUCCCGUCCCGCCCGCGCCCCGCCCCGCGCGCGGCGGGUCGCCAUGACCGUCCCCGAGCGCUGCGAGAGCAGCCUCGAGCGCUGCGAGGUCUCGCGCCUGGCGCACCGCGCGCGGCGGACGCGCUCCGGGACCCCUGGGCCGCCGGUGAGCGAGGAGAAGCUCCCGCGGCCGACUCACUUGCCACCGGAGGGAGCUGAGCCCAUCAACCGGGAGCAGGACUCGGAGCGUCCACGGCGCCGGUCUUCGCACACCGGGGUCGCCAGCCCGGUGCUGAAGAGCCCGAGGCCGCACCUUUUGGUGUAUCUCCUUUUAGCCUUCAGUGCCUUCUCGGCCCUGCUGCUGCUCCUCUUCGGCGGCCACGAGCGCGCGGAGCGCAUCGCCGUCUUCCGCGAGUAUAUUCGUCAGUCUGACCCCAUCCUACCGGUGAACGUGAGUGGUUGGGUGCAGAUCCUGGACUUCGAGGAGAAAUUUAGCUUUGCCUUGAAAGAGAUCCCCCUGAGCCCAGCAGUGCUCAGCGACUUCCACGACGCCGGGGAUUUGCAGCACUUGCCCUUCGGCGGUGAAGAACACCUUGACCCGCCGCAGGACAUCGUGCCUGAACAGAAACGCUUGAGCCGCUUUUGGUACGCUGAAGUGCCCUUGAAGCUGCCCGAGGCUUUGGAGCAAGUGUACUUGGAGGCCCCGAAGGUGACACUCCAGGUGAGUCAUUUGGAUGGUCAAACCCUGCUGCGGCACGAGGUCGAUCUGCUGCGUGAAGUGGAAGGUGUGGUCCACGUGCCGCGGCGGCUUUGCUACGCACUCCCAGGGCAUCAGGGACCCUAUGGAGCUGAGGUCCUGGGCUGCGAGGAACCUGCGGCCGUCUAUGGGCCAGCCACGAGGCCAGAAGAAGAUCAGGACCUCAAGGUGGAGGUCCUGCUGCGUAGUCAUGCUGAUCCCUACAUCAUUGCCAGCCACCUCACACGAGGAUGCUCCAGCGGCCCAGAUUGCUGGAAAGGUGAAGAUGCCAGCUGCAGCCCAGAGAUUGAGACAACAGGCGCCCCGUUUUCCUCUCUCCUCCGCCGCGCGGAGUUGCUGAACUCCCGCUGCUUCGGGCGCCCGCGACGGCUCUUUCGCUGCUACGGCCUGGCGCUGCUGGCCUUUUGCGCGGGAGUGGCCACCGCAGAAGCCAUGCUGCGCCGUGGGAGCAGCGCACGCCUUCGGGCCUCGGCGGCCCGGCGCACCGCCGAAGCGGCCCAAGCGGCCCUCGGGGCCGUACGUCAUUAGGACAAGAUCGUACAGUAUGCCAUGUCAACUGGUGUUUUCACCAUUCUCACGGUGGUCUUAUUGCUGGCUUCACUGCGCCUCCUCUAUGAGUGAGCACGACCGAGCACGACCGGUGAAGUUGGCAGAGUUGUAGGGCUGGGAUGAUCUUCUUUGACUUGGCUAGGC